UCCCAGCCCCCACCACCACCUCAGCUUUAGGAAGGACAAAGGCACCGCGGGCCGCCCCCCGCCCCGUAGGGGAUGGACAGGUGGAUGGAAGCCCAGCUGCCAGCACUUCCUCCUUCCACCCUAGCUACUCCAUUAGAAUGGCUCUGGGCUGUGACGUCACAGAGAGCGCAGCACCCCAUCGAGGGACGGAGACUCAUGAGGCUGGGGCAGUGGCUGCCCGCGUGGGUGUGGCUGGCUGGGCUGCAGGCCCGAGGAGCCGUGCCCAGGCCAGCGCACACCAAGGCUUUGUCCCCAGCAGCAGUAUCUCCACGCUUCAUAGACAGACCCAACUUCUUUGAUUACCCAGACUCAGACCAAACCAGCCUCCUGGCCGUGGCCCAGUUUAUUGGAGAGAGACCUGUGCAGUUUGUCCACUCAGGCUCUGGCCCUGGGCUCUUCCAUCGCAUCCUGGUGGGCAUCCUGGUGCUGGCCUUCUUCUACCUCCUCUUCCAGUUCUUCAUCCACAUGAGCUGCCAGCAAGGAGCCUAGAGAGCCGACAAGGAUCAUGGACGCAGCCAGGGGCCCAGGAUGCCCUUUUUGCCCACUGAUAAAUAAAGGUUCUCGACUUCGA